AUGCUACCUAAGAUACAAGUAACUCCAGGUGUGUGGUACUGGAAGGAUGAUACUAACACUCUUGAAUUUGCAAGCUCAAAACCAGCAGCUGAGGGAAACUCUAAGGAAAGAAAAAAUACUCACUUUCAGGAAAUGCAUGUCAAGGCAUUAAAGAGCGUCUUCCAAGAGGAGUGCAGUGCAAUGCUUCCUGAAAGAAGGCUGGCUGACACCGAAGGAAAAUUGCAUGGGCUGUCAAAGAGGGUACAACAUGAAUAUGUGACGUUGGAUGAUGUCAAACAUGCUGCAUUGCUUUUGAAAGAAGCAAAUGAGUCACAUCCCAUGCUAUCAUUUGCAGCAGUCUCAGGGAAUGAGAAAAUAGACGAGUUCCUCAUGGCCCUGCUCUUCUACCUAUCUUUUUACCUCGAAAAGCUCGCCCUGGAAAAGAAACACAGAUCCUUGAUUUCGACAAUGAUCUUUGUAGAGAAGAAAGAAAUGGAGAACGUGUUGGCAAAGUUAUUGGUGGCUAGGAUUCACCUGGCCAAGGUGUACUCUAACCUUAUCCUUGAACGAGGCAUGGCACGGCAGCACCAUGUGCCUAGUGGAAGGAGAAAAACAUCGUCGCAGAAAGACCAGAGCUUCUUUGAGGGCUUCUACAACUUCUGCAGCUACAUGGCUUGGCUUGUGUUCAGGCGGAAGCACUUCCAAGUGAUCCAGGAAGAAAUCGGCAGGCUUUUCCACUCCAACGUGUUCGAUCCCACCUCGAGAGACAGGAACAAUGUUGACUUGCAGAAAGCAGGAGACCGGACUGCUGCUGCAAGCACAGUGCAAUUGCCCUAUCUGAGCAAAGUCCGUCCCAAGCGUCCUUCCAUAACCAGCAUGAUUCACCAGCGCUCCUCAGUGCUCAGCACGCUGCUGCCCUCAGUGAAGGACAGUGCCCAGCACUUCUCCCAGAACCACUACUGUCAGGGCAGAGACCCUGGGUCUUGCACGUGUGACUGCCUGCCGGACUUCUCCGAAUUGUUGGCUACUGAGGUGGGCAUCAUUGGAGCUCCUUUCAAUGAGUUAGUGUCUUUGAUGAACAUGUCUGAUGAGGCUAUGAAGGAGAAGGAGGGAAAGGAAGAGGAAGAACAGGAAGAAGGAAGAAUAAGGAGUAGUUUCUCCAUGCGGACAAAUGACCUCCCUUUGCCACCUCUAAGAACCACCCAAAAGUAGUCAGAGCACUGAGCUCUCAAGAGCAAUGGCAGAAGGUGCAACGGGCAGAAGUGGUAUCAUCUUAGAAGUGUCAAGUGGCAUGGUUUCACGAUGAUAAGUAAAUCACUUUGAAAUUGCAUCUUAAGAAGCCUAAUUAAUUUGUCAGAGGUGGGGUAGCGUCGCACAGAAGGGCUUUGACUGGGUGACUGGAGACGUGGACUGUAAUCCCUGGUUCUGUCACUAUUUUUCCUUGAUCUUAAUGUCUUCGUUGCACUAUUUCUGAGAAGAUUAUUUUACUGACUUAAUUUGAGAAGGGCUUUAACAGCCUCAGAUCGAUAUGAUUAUUGAUUUUAAUGUCAACCCUCUUUUUCUAAAGGUUUAGCAAAGCAAUCAGGGGAUGUGACUUACUACAGUCUCAAAGCUGCUGAAAUUUUGCUUUUAAAGGGAGUUACUCUGAAAUCUUUAAUAUAUUGUGUUUACUUCUUUUUUUUAUUUCCAGCAUCUCUCAUUUUAUUUUCAGAUAUAUCUAGCCUGAUUUCUGACUCAUUGUGAAAUAAGUAUAGCAAAGAGAAAAGCUGUAAUUUAAAAUAUCCACCCAGUCUUCAUUUCAUUUUAUCUUUUUGAUGAGAGAGAUAUAUAUAUUUAUUUUUUUCAUUGAUUUUACACGAGAAGGAAAGCAGAUCUUAGAUGUUCAAACUUAAAAUAUGCAGUUGGGAUGACAGUAUCUUGAAACAAGAUGAAUUCAUGGUAAGAAAUAGUGUCAUUUUACCUAUAAGACUAUCUGUACAUGCUAAUCAUUAGCAGCAGGAGGAAAAUUUAGGAUGAUACUCUGGCUUUGUCAUAGUCAAUAAGAAUCAAUGACAAAAAUAGUGGAUGAUUAAAAGUGGAAGAAAACCAGAGAGGUAAUAUUUUCAUCAUUGUUAACAGCAGAAAUUUGACAUGUUAGUCCUGGAUUGGAAGUUUUUCAGCAAACUAUAUCUAUGCUGGAUAAAAAGAAUACAAUUUUCCCUUGCAGCGUGUGGCUCAGUUUUUAAAAGGAUGAAAUUUUGCAGCACAAUUGUCGUAAGAAAUUUACCUCUUCUGGGGUAACCAAGAGUCCAGGGACUAGAUCCCUUCUGUGGGAUAGCCCUGAACUGC